UUUUUUCAGAGACUUUCAUCCGGCAGCCGACGGUGCUUUUUUUCUUAAAGGAGAAGCGACAGCGCAAAAAUUUUUCCCCUUCUCCUAGCAAGAUCUGGCGGCGCUGGGGACAAAAAGGCCAGAGACAGGAAAGUGGGGUCGGGGUGGAAGCGGAAGGACGCCCAGACUACUUCUGCGGCCUAAGGAAGGAUAGAAAGCGCCCUUGUGGCAUUAGCGGCUCCUCAGGGAGGCAGGAGGCAGGUGCGCGCGCAGCCAAUCAAGGGUGCUGGUUAGGCGGGGAAAGAGGUGCGUUUUGUUCUCACCCACCUCCCUCGCGAGACCUGCCCCUCCCACUGCCCCUAACGCGCACUGAACUCCGGAGGAGGGGGAGAAAGGUCACUUUGGGAUUGUCGCGAGACGCAGCCGUUUAACGGUGAGAACGGGUGCGCGGGGAAGGAAACCUCGCGCGCUCCCUCGGAGCUGUUUCCUGAUUGGCUGAAGGGAGGGGUAGAGGCGGGAACCUGGUACUACGCUGCGUGUGAGACCGCGUGGGGCGGGGCAAGGGAGUCCUUCCUCUUCUCCAAUUGGGCCGAAGACCGUCUGUGGCGGGCGCGCGCGCGCCGCCAGCAGUAGCGGGCCUUGAGUGGCAGGGGGUGGGGGGGGCGCCCUCGGAGCCGGGCGGAGGGGAGGGGGGAAACAGGAGCGCCGGGUGAGAGUGAGCCGGACGCUCCGGGAGGCGAGGGGGGCGGGGGGAGUAGCGCAGCGGCCGCCGCUGCCUCCGCCUCCGUCGUCUGGGACGAGGGGGUGGGGGACGGACGAGCCCCGAUGCCGGGGGAGACGGAAGAGCCGAGACCCCCGGAGCAGCAGGACCAGGAAGGGGGAGAGGCAGCGGCGGCCGAAGCGGCCCCAGAGGAGACCCAACAACGGCCCCCUGAGGCAGCGGCGGCGGCGCCUGCGGGGACCACUAGCAGCCGCGUGCUAAGGGGUGGUCGGGACAGAGGCCGGGCUGCUGCGGCCGCCGCCGCCGCCGCCGCUGCCGCUGUGUCCCGCCGGAGGAAGGCCGAAUAUCCCCGCCGACGGAGGAGCAGCCCCAGCGCCAGGCCUCCCGACGUUCCAGGGCAGCUGCCCCAUGCCACGAAGUCCCCGUCUCCAGUUCAGGGCAAGAAGAGUCCGCGACUCCAAUGUAUAGAAAAAGUAACAACUGAUAAAGAUCCCAAGGAAGAGAAAGACGACGACGAGAAUUCUGCCCUCGCUCAGGAAGUUUCUAUUGCUGCAACGAGACCAAGUCGGGGCUGGCGUAGUAGUAGCAGAACAUCUGUCUCUCGCCAUCGUGAGACGGAGAACACCCGAAGCUCUCGGUCCAAGACUGGUUCAUUGCAGCUCAUUUGCAAGUCAGAACCAAAUACAGAUCAGCUUGAUUAUGAUGUUGGGGAAGAGCAUCAGUCUCCAGGUGGCAUUAGUAGUGAUGAGGAAGAAGAGGAAGAAGAAGAGAUGUUAAUCAGUGAAGAGGAAAUACCAUUCAAAGAUGACCCAAGAGAUGAGACCUACAAACCCCACCUAGAAAGGGAAACCCCCAAACCACGGAGAAAAUCAGGGAAGGUGAAAGAAGAGAAAGAGAAGAAAGAAAUUAAAGUGGAAGUAGAGGUAGAGGUGAAAGAAGAAGAAAAUGAAAUUAGGGAGGAUGAGGAACCUCCUAGGAAGAGAGGAAGAAGGCGAAAAGAUGACAAAAGUCCACGUUUACCCAAAAGGAGAAAAAAACCUCCAAUCCAGUAUGUUCGGUGUGAGAUGGAAGGAUGUGGAACUGUUCUUGCUCAUCCUCGCUAUUUGCAGCAUCACAUUAAAUACCAGCAUUUGCUGAAGAAGAAGUAUGUAUGUCCCCAUCCCUCUUGUGGACGACUCUUCAGGCUCCAGAAGCAACUUCUGCGACACGCUAAACAUCAUACAGAUCAAAGGGAUUAUAUCUGUGAAUAUUGUGCUCGGGCCUUUAAAAGUUCUCACAAUCUGGCAGUGCACCGGAUGAUUCACACUGGCGAGAAGCCAUUACAAUGUGAGAUCUGUGGAUUUACUUGCCGGCAAAAGGCAUCCCUUAAUUGGCACAUGAAGAAACAUGAUGCAGACUCCUUCUACCAGUUUUCUUGCAAUAUCUGUGGCAAAAAAUUUGAGAAGAAGGACAGUGUAGUGGCACAUAAAGCAAAAAGCCACCCUGAGGUGCUGAUCGCAGAAGCUCUGGCUGCCAAUGCAGGCGCCCUCAUCACCAGCACAGAUAUCUUGGGCACCAACCCAGAGUCCCUGACACAGCCUGCAGAUGGUCAGGGUCUUCCUCUUCUUCCUGAGCCCUUGGGAAACUCAACCUCUGGAGAGUGCCUGCUGCUGGAAGCUGAAGGGAUGUCAAAGUCUUACUGCAGUGGGACAGAACGGGUGAGCCUGAUGGCUGAUGGGAAGAUCUUUGUGGGAAGCGGCAGCAGUGGGGGCACUGAAGGGCUGGUGAUGAACUCGGAUAUACUCGGUGCUACCACAGAGGUUCUGAUUGAAGAUUCAGACUCUACUGGACCUUAGUGGAAGGGAAGACUUGGGGCACUGGGACAGCUCAGACUUUGUAUUUAAAAGUUUAAAAGGACAAAAAAAAAAAAAAAUUUAAAGCAUUUAAAAUCUAGUAAGAUAA